CAUUUUUUUCUGAGCAAUGAUUGGCAGAACUGAACUUAUUUAUCACUAUAGUUUAUUUCCAACUCGCCAUACAAAUGAUAAGAACUAGAAGAGAAGGCCUGGGAAGGAAACCGAAUUUUGGUGCUACUUGUAUUGAGAAGUAUUUAAGCUUCGACUGGUGGAGCAGGUUUUGAUAUGGACGCCGACAAAUACACGAACGACGCUCAAACAGAGAUGCUCUGGGCCAUUAAGGCUCAUCACCAUGCUGAAACAUACUUCAAGCUCAUUUCCCAAGUAGAUGCCUCAAGACUUCGUUUAACAAAGUAUGAUGACGACAUAUACAGGCAGUUUAAACGCUAUUUCAAGAUGCUUAAGGUGGAUGUGAUCAAAAUAGAUGACCUGAAAUCUGAAGCAGCCAAAGUGAAGUGGAGGCCAUUUUGUAACAUGUAUGAAGGAAAGAUUGAUGAUUUCAAUUUUGCAACAUUGUUGAGAAUUGACUGUGCUAAAGGUUAUGAAGAAGAAAACACUAUCUUAGUUACAAGGAUCCAGUUCUACGCAAUUGAGAUUGCACGAAAUAGACGGGGUCUGAACAAGCCUCUAUUGGAGAAGUCUUCUGAUGCUCAACCCAGUGCACAGGAAAGCCAAGGAAGAUAACAUCACCUUGUAAAACAUAGUGUAUUGGUUCAGAGCAUGUUACUCUUGGUGUAAUGUAUAUGAUAUAGUAGGCUGGGGGUCACAUCAUUCAGUUUUUAUUUGCCAAAUUGGUUGCCAUGAAACAUUACAGCUGUGGUUACUCUAAGGUAGCGCAGUUGUUGUUGUACAUUGAUAAUCAUUUAAUGGAUAUGAGUAUGAGCGCUGGAAUCAAAAUUUUAACUAACAGACCCUCCUAAAAAAUAUUCCUGAAAAUUAAAACUAGGUAACAUUGAACUUCAAGUUAGCUAAAUAAGAAUCCUAAGUAUGUGAUAAAUUUUCCUUCCAUUUUAUUGGCUAGGAGCCCGCCAGUAAGAACUUGUUAAUAACUGCUCACAGAUACUGGCCUGCUCAUGCGUAAAGCUGUAUGUUCUGCUCAUGCGUAGUUGUGUCCACGUUCCUCUGGUCGCUUCCUGAGAUUUCAGAGGGUGAUUUGCUCAAAAUUAUUAAGAAAAGACAAACUUGGGGAUAGAGUGAUUAAAAAAUUAUUGAAUUUAGGUAUUGCAAA